UCUUCAUCUACUCAUCUUCUUGAAUAGCCAGCGCGGCAUCAUGGCCGAGCCAACAUAUACUAUUUUCGUCCGGGUCCCUAUGCCCCGUGGUGACUUCGUCGAUCCGCCACCGGUAAACUGGGACUCCGUCAAAGAUGAAGCAUUAUGGAAGAUCCUCUCCGGAGCUGCUAAGAAGCAGAUAGACUGGGACGAAGUCGCCGAUCGCUUCGAAGUUCCCGUCGAUUUCCUCCUCCAACAAGUCGCAUACCUUACCGAACGACAUGCUUCCCAAGUCCGCGCUCAAGUCCGAAAAGCUACCGCAGCCGUUCGCGGCUCAGUGCAAUCGCCCGUUCCAGGCGGCGACUCCGCCGGACCCGGUCAUCAACGAACACAUUCAGCCUUAUCCAUCCGAAAAGACUCACCCAUGCCGCGCGCCGAGGCAGGAAGUGGUACUGGCACUCCUCUCAACGCAUCAAUACGACCGAUUGUAUCGCGGAAUCCAUCGACGAAUACUACAGUCCUGAGAGAUAUGACCGGAGGCUCAGCUUCCCCUCGACCUGGAACAGGGUUGGCUUCGCGGACCGGCGAGCGACGUCGUCUUUCAUCCUUACCAAUAUCAUCAGUCCCCGACAGAUCACCCGAUCGAGCAGCUCAACCGGAGCCAGCGCCAGAUGAACGAAGCCCGUCACCAGGCCCAGCCGAGGACAGUUCACCAACAUCGUCAGAGGACGAGUCUAGCCCCGCUCAAUCUCGCAUCAUUCGUCGACCUCCUCGUUUUCAGCAGCCUGAUGGAGGACAAUACGAGGAUGACGACGAUGACGAAUCAGAGCCUGCGUUUCAACCUUAUACAUCUCCUUCCAACCAGACUUCGGCACAGGAUCUCGGCUCAACGCUAAGGGGAGACGGGCGCAGCUCUGGCAAAAGGCAUCACAGGCCUCACGGAAAGUCCGCUAUUCAUCAAUCUCACACAUCAGACUCGUCAGCCAGCUCUGCGGCCAUGGUGCAAAAACCGGAUAAGUCAGAUAAAACGACGGAGCAGCGAACGCCCGGACCUCUCUCACCACGCCGAACUGCAGAACUGGCGGGACGUAGCCCGGGCAAUCAAAGUAAGGGUUACUCCCGCGAAGGUAGCGACGGAACGCCUAGUAUGGGUAGUAGUUAUAGUGAUCUUGACGACGCCUCAGUUACACAAUCUGCAUUAGAGGAGGCAUUGGCCAGUCACAUGAACAGGGGCGCAGGAAGCCGCUUCAGCAUCAGCCAGGCUUUUCGUAGUCGUUACAACCCUGGCCCUAAUCAGUGAUUGGCUUGAGGGUUUGUUUUCGAAUUUGUAUUGCUUGAAAAUGCUCUUUUGACAUGGCGUUUGGGCAUGGCAAAUGCAUUAACUAGGGCGUUUGGUGAGGCACCGGUUUUGAACGUUUAGGAUACGGUCGUACAGAUAUCCCACCUCUACUCUUUGCUACGAUAGAAACAUGGUUGAAUAUGGAGUAUGGCUAGUGCUGUAGGACAUUUUUGUGUCUCGCAAAAGCUUCCAGGUUCGUGGUAUAGCAGGUAGUUUCUAUAUGCCCGGGCUGGUGAUGGGAGAGUUGCUGCUAUCAAAUGAGGCAUGCGGAGUGUCGAAUAAACACAAAGAAGACGCGAGAACGGAGAAACUCCUAUUUUGAUCUCUUGUUUGCUCAAACACUUUGUAAUUGUUUCAUGCAGGAUAUCACAGUAUUAGAGCAGCAUCUCCGCCGGCUGCGUGCAGCUGCUAUAACCCCCUCUCACACUUCUCUGAGUAUUUAAUCGCAAGCACUUACUAAAUGCAACUUCCCUCCUCC